AUGGCCGAUGUAGAUGAUGAACUUCUAGCCCUCGUCGGAGGCGACGAGUCGUCUGAUGAGGAGCAAGAACAGCCUGCGAGUCCUAGUCGUUCUGUAUCUGGUUCACCCGACCCCGAAGCCAAGGAUCAAACAUCAAGCAAGACAAAGCACAAGCCUAGCAAGAAAAAACAUGACGAUUCAGAUGAGGAGGAAGGCGAGGCUUCUUCUAUUGCCUCUCCUGCCUCGCAGAAUUCUGCACCCAUGGACGAAUCUGAUUCCGAGUCGGAUACCCUGCAGGCUACUAACACCAACGGCAAGAUGGACGAUGAUGAUGAUAACAAAUACCCCAUCGAUGGAAUUUAUGCAAAUGAGGCAGAGAAGGAAGAGAUUUUAGCUAUGCCCGAACUCGAGCGAGAGCAGUUGCUUGCUAGACGUCAGGAGGAAGUUGAUCGCCAGCGACAAAACACCUUACUUCGUCGGCUGCUGAAAACGAGAGAGGACGAUAGUCAGUCGGUUAAGAAGCGCAAAGCCAGUGCUGCUGACCUAGAUGAAUCCCAGCGCAAGCCCUCACGACAGCGAACAAGAGUUGGUGGUUCAAGAGUGGGCGAGACGAGCUCUGGCAUUGAGUCGCUCCGCCGCGCUCGAGCCGAGAAGAACGAUCGGCAGCGCCGUAGAGAAGAAGAUCGAGAGCGCAAUAAGAAGUCACACUCUUCUCGCGACAGCCCUGGUCGCGAUGUUGAUGAUGAUAGCGAUGUCGACUGGGCUGGUAGAUCAAGGGACAGAUUUUCCAAGUCACGAACUCCCGAAGUGAAAGAGACCCCCCUCGCCGAUAUCCGUGAUUUCGAGCGCGUACGACUUGGCCGCAGCCGAUUCGCUCGAGUUUGUUUCUACCCUGGUUUUAACGAAGCCAUCACCGGAUGCUACGUCCGUAUCGCUCUUGGUCCAGGUUCUGAUGGCUCUAAUGUCUACCGGAUGGCUCUUGUUAAAGGAUUCACACAGGGGAAACCAUAUGCCAUGGAGAAGUCAAACGGUCAGAACUUUGUCACCGAUCAGUACAUCAAAGCCGCACAUGGCAAAUCUGAAAGGGACUGGCCUUUUAUUAGUUGUUCCGACUCACCUUUUACAGAGGCUGAGUUCAACCGCUAUAAGAAGGUUUGCCAAGACGAGGGCGUUAUCUUUCCCAAGAGACCGACACUAGACGCUAAAAUCGACGAUAUCAAUGCUCUAGUGAAUCGCUCCUGGACUGACGCAGAGGUGAAUGCCAAGAUCGAGCGAGAGCGAAGUCUGCUCAGUAAAUUCAUGCCUACUGAGCGAAACCGAUUAGUUGACUUGAUUGAGGAAGCCAGACGACGCGGAGAUGACGCACGAGUUUCGGAACUCCAAGACAAGCUGGACUCCCUCGAAACUCCACGUCUAGCUUUCAAGACCAGCCUCGCGCCAUCAAAUAAGUCGACCAGCUCAACGCCAACACAGCAGGAACGAUUAGCAGCUUUGAAUGCUGAAAACCGUCGACGUAACGUGGAGGCUGUCCGUAAGGCACAGCUAAUGGAGAAAGCGAAGGCGCGCCAAAUUGAAGCACGCGUUGCGCGUGGAGAAGAUGUCAAUGAAGACACUUCACGACGUCUCAGAACCAAGCCUAAGUUUAGGCAGGACAUUAAUGAGUCGGCCGACUUGAAGUCGACGCCAGCCAAUGGUAGUGGUGCAUCGACACCUGCAAACGGCACACCAAAGCAGAGUGCUACUACGAAAGCACCACUUCUACCUCAUCUGCAGAAGCUGCAGCUACAAAACCACCAGACAGGGAAAGAUAAGAAGGGGAUCCCUCAGAUUCAUAAACCAAUUGUGGAUGAUGAUAUCAUCGCGGCUUUGGAUCUUGACAUUGAGGUUGACAUUGAUUAG